AUGAUUGAAGCAGCAAACAAUGUCAACGCGAGUGGAGGCAAGACCUUCCAGUACCAAUCCAAGCUAUCCAAGCUGCCUAUUCCCGACCUUCAAGGCACUAUCAAACGCUAUCUCGCUUCCGUAAAACCGCUCCAGACCCCUCAAGAGUUUGAAAAGACCAAGGCUGCCGCCGACUUGUUCCUGAACGACGAGGGACUUGAACUGAAUGAAGAACUCAAGAAAUACGCUGCUGAUAAGAUGUCGUAUAUCGAAGAGUUCUGGUAUGAUUCGUACCUGCAGACCACGGACCCUGUGGUACUGAACCUGAACCCAUUCUUCUUACUCGAAGAUGAUCCUACGCCACAACGCAACGACCAAGUCGUCCGUGCCGCCUCGCUGAUCUGCUCCACCUUGACCUUCAUCGAAGCCCUGCGCGCUAAAACAUUGGAACCCGAUGUGUUUCGCGGCACGCCCUUGUGCAUGUCUCAGUUCACCCGCCUCUUUGCCACCUCACGUGUGCCCACAGACAACGGUUGCUACAUUGCACCUGCUGAGGAAUCACGCCAUAUUGUCGUCAUGGUCCACUCGCAAUGCUACCAUUUCGAGGUCUUUGACGAGCAUGGCGAGGUCGCACUGACUGAAAAAGAAAUCGCCUCCAACUUGCGAGCCAUCAUCCGCGACGCUGCCCAGAUCCCAGUGACCGAAAUUGCCAAAAAUGCGAUUGGUGUCCUGACGACUGAAAACAGACGCAAUUGGGCUCGUCUCAGAACGGAACUUCAGAACGAUCCUGUGAACAAGGAUGCGUUGCAGGUCGUUGAUACGGCCUUGUUCGUGGUGUGUCUGGAUCAUGUCACGCCGUCCACCAUUGCGGAUCUUUCCACCAACAUGCUCUGUGGCACGUACAAAUUGGAUCAUGGCCUGCAGGUCGGGACAUGCACGAACCGAUGGUACGAUAAGCUUCAGAUUAUCGUCUGCAAAAACGGUAGUGCGGGCAUCAAUUUCGAGCACACAGGCGUCGAUGGUCACACCGUACUACGCUACGUCUCGGACAUUUACACGGACACCAUUUUGCGCUUCGCAAAGACUAUCAACAGCCAGACAAAAUCCAUCUUCCACUCGCAGGCUGCACAGGACAACGCUGCCAUGCGUCGUGGCAGUGCUGCCUCGGCAACGUCUCAAGGCUUCGACAGCAACCCACGCCGUCUCGAAUGGAAGAUGACCCAGAAGUUGACCUUGGGCGUCCGCUUUGCCGAGACGCGUCUCUCUGAUCUUAUCUUGCAGAACGAGGUCAAGGUGCUCGAGUUCAACAACUACGGCAAAUACUUUAUCACCGACAUGAAGAUGAGUCCCGAUGCCUUUGUUCAGAUGGCAUUCCAAGCUGCUUACUACGGUCUCUAUGGCAAGUGCGAAAGCACCUACGAGCCUGCCAUGACCAAGACUUUCUUGCAUGGCCGUACUGAAGCCAUCCGCAGUGUCACUGACGCCUCAUUGAACUUUGUCGAGACCUACUAUUCCGAUGCUUCUGACAACGACAAGCUUGAUACCUUACGUAAGGCACUCAAGGCCCACACUGCACUGACGCGCGACUGUGCCAAGGGCCAAGGCCACGACCGUCAUCUGUACGCGAUGGAGUGUCUCUGGGACCGUACACACAAGGAUGAAAAGAAGCCAUUGCUUUUCACCGACCCUGGCUACAAGACCAUGAACCACACUGUCAUCAGCACAUCCAACUGUGGCAACCCGGCACUCCGUCUAUUUGGCUUUGGUCCUGUUGUCUCGGACGGUUUUGGCAUUGGCUACAUUAUCAAGGAAGAUGGCAUCGCCUUUGUCGCUUCCUCCAAGCAUCGUCAGACCGAACGUCUGUUGGCUACAUUGGAAUCCUAUUUAUUGGAUGUCCAAGUCAUGCUGACAAAGGAAAAGUACCCCGGUGGAUUGUCUCAGCGCCAACGAUUGCUGGCCAUGGAAGAAGCGCACGAGAUGACCAACGGUUACAGCUACUUUGAUAAUGGCGAACAUGCUUCGGACACUUCUUCGCAAGGAAGCAACUCGAGCGCUUCGAUUACUCGCAAAGUCGGCAAACGUCUUGUGCUUCGUGAAUCCCACUAA